UUUACGGAAUUCCUUGUGGUUCUCUUUCCUAUUAUUCUUUAUGCAAAUGAUACAGAAGAGUUUGUAGUAAUUGGAACUGAUUAUAACGAAUAUCAUUGUAAUACUACUUCUUGCAAGUGCAAGUCCGGUGAUGCAGGAGGUACAUGCGGUCAAUGUGCUCAAAAAGUUAUGGAUGUCAGUACUUGGGACUUUUAUGAAACAU